AUGACUGGGCCCCAGGAAUAUGCGCAGACAGCUGCAAUUUAUACUCCGCUUUCACACGAAGCAGAGCCUCCAGCGGAAGGCUUUUUCGUGAAGAGAACUGAUUCACACGUAAAACCUAAAUAUUUGGAUUGGGGGUCGAGGGGCGGCCCCGUCUUCUUCGCCUCAAAUGCACUUGGUUUCCUCUCCCUCAUAGCAGCAAUAUAUCUUGUCUUGGGCGGCUAUUGGUGUUUACAAGAGCUAAGCUCUCACCGUUUGCUGCACACUGGCGUGCAAAAACGCCUGUUGUCUGAGGAUGAUGCUAAUUGGAUGAAGGAAUGCGUGCAAGAAGGUAGCAAGGAACGGAAAGGUGGUCACAGCAACAGUGAACGGCUUGCGCACUCCGUUUGGGAUCCCGAAGGUGAUCGUUCGCAAGAUGAGAUUCCAAUGAGAUCUCCUGGAUCGGCUGGAAAUGCAACGAAAAGGCGUGGCCGUCUCCCGGUUGAGAGUGCAAAUACCUACUUAGGGGCCCUUUCCCAAAGGCUCCCAGCAGAAGAAGCAGAAUAUAGACGCCAAAUAGACGCCCUAAGUCUCCCUUUCGCUGAUUACUGGAAUUUAACAGUAGGUGAAUGCACGCUUUUAUUCAGAGCAAGGCGACGACUACAAGAUAUCUUGGCAUUUAGGGCUAAGGCUCUUUCAAAGGUGCACUCGUUAGUGCUCGAACAGCAGUACUAUGAACAAAAGAGAACGCAACUCAAGCAAAUCUGGGACAAACACUCUCCUGCCAUGUUGAGGGAAACAGGACAAAACCUAGCCUUUGUUAACAGAAGUCUCACUCAGAAGAGAAAGCAGCUCUCGAAAGUCCGUAACUCGAUGCAUUCGACGGUCCAGCACCAGAUGCAACGCAGCAUCUGUGCACAUCAGUAUGCAUCUCAUCGAAGGAAUGGAAGAGCGAUAUCACUUAGAGCGGCGUAUGCCCUCAGCAUAGCCAUCCUUGUCAUCGAAGGAGGACAGCCAGCUGAUUAUUGUCUCAGUGAUGAAGAUCAGCAGGAGCUUUUGAAAGCGGGUUGGGAGUUUGUAGGGAAGAUGGAUAAAGCAGUUACAUAUCUUUCGCGUCAACAACAGAGUUCGAGCGGUAGUCACUUCGACUUGAAGAGACGCGUGGGGAAGUACCAAAAGCUUCGAGCUACUGUGUCAAUGUAUUCAGUGAUGAUGCGGAGUGUUGCGAUGAGUUUACCAAAGGGACCUGUCCUAAAGGAAUUGGAUGGGCAAACGGUCAAGCUUCUUAAGGAGCUAGAUCGCGUAGAUGGGAUUCUACGGGGCAGUCACACAGAAAACGCAACGGCGCUUCCACGCGGGCGUUCUUUAUUCAGAUAUUUGUGUGCUUGGGGAGCACGCAGCGAAGAUGGUUGUUCUGAAGAGACACAGCAAGGCAGCGCGACGAAGGAUACAAGGCGUAGGUGA